AUGAAUCCGGCGGUCGCCCAGGCUGAGGCCAUGGCAAAAAUGGCGAAGGAUGGUGGAGCCGUGCACCGUGAUCGAUCACUCUACCGUAUCGCCCCGUACGCCAUCCCCAUUCGGCCACAGAUGCCCCAGAUGUACCAGAUGUACCCCCAGGCCCUGCUCAACCCGGCCGCGUUGAGCGCUGCCAGCCUACAGCAAGCCGCCUUCGCGCAACAGGCUGGACUCGUUGACUACGCUGCCUUGGCGGCCGCCAUGACCCAACAGCAGACAGGGCUUGGAGUUGGGCAAGCAGAAGCGUUUGCAGCCGCCACCUCAACAACCGGAUUGGAGCAAUAUGGAUACCCGUAUAAUAUGCUACAAAGCGGGUUCCCCCUCGGCCAGACACAGCUCUCCAAGGAACAC